AUGCGUCUCGCGUGCGCGGCCGUGAUCAGCCCCGCGAACGCGCCGAUGCACGUCGCGUCGUUUCCGUCGUCGUCGUCGUCUUCCGUCGCCGCCACCGGCACGGACGACGCGAGGCUACUUCAUCAUCGCGCCGUCGACGACGCGCACCUGCGCCUCGCGCACGCGGCGUUGGACGAGAUCGAGGCGCGGCUGCGCGCGCCGCCCGCGACGGCGUCCGCCGCGGGCGCCGCCGCGAGCGGCGGCGGGCCGAAGGACCCGUACCUCGGCGAGGUGCACCGCGACGAAGGGCACGUCGUGUACGCGCACGUCGGCGCCACCGCCGCGCGGUUCGUGCUCGUGAUGGCGACGGAGGAGGAGGAGGACGACGACGACGCGUCGGGGGCGGCGGGAGGGACGCGCGAGGAGACGCUCCGGGGGAUGUUCAGGGCGCUGUCCGAGGCGUACGCGGACGCGGUCUCCGACCCGUUUCACGCGCCGGGCGGGAAGAUCGCGAGCGAGGCGUUCGCGCGACGCGUCCGCGCGCUCGCGGACGCGGCGUGA